AUGUCUACCUAUUCAUCUGCCUUGUGUGCAGAGGUGGAGGAGCGGCUGGUGAGUCACCUGUUGUCAUCGGACCGCUACAACAAGCUGAUCAGGCCAGCUGUCAACAACAGCCAACAGGUCACCAUUUACAUCCAGGUGUCCCUCGCCCAGCUGAUCAACGUGAACGAGAGGGAGCAGAUCAUGACCACCAACUGCUGGCUUACUCAGGUAUGGAAUGACUACAGAUUAAUGUGGGACCCUGAAGAGUACGAGGGAAUAAAGAAAAUCCGUCUCCCGUCACAACACAUCUGGCUGCCAGACAUUGUCCUCUACAACAAUGCUGAUGGGACCUAUGAAGUCUCCUUCUACUCCAAUGCUGUGGUAUCCAACAAUGGUGAGGUGGCCUGGCUUCCACCAGCUAUCUAUAAGUCAGCCUGCAAAAUUGAAGUCCGUGACUUUCCCUUUGACCAGCAGAACUGCACCCUCAAGUUCCGCUCCUGGACCUAUGACCACACUGAAAUUGAUCUCAUCCUGCUCAGUGAUUUUGCCAGUCGUGAUGACUUCAAACCCAGUGGUGAGUGGGAUAUCGUUUCUCUGCCUGGACGCAAGAAUGAAGACCCCAACGACAUCAGGUACCUGGAUAUCACCUAUGACUUUAUUAUCAAGAGAAAACCUCUGUUCUACACCAUCAACCUGAUCAUUCCCUGCAUCCUUAUCACAUCUCUGGCUAUUCUGGUGUUUUACCUCCCAUCAGACUGUGGUGAGAAGAUGACCCUCUGCAUCUCUGUCCUCCUGGCCCUUACUGUGUUUUUACUCCUGAUCUCAAAAAUUGUGCCACCUACGUCUUUAGCAGUGCCUCUGAUUGGGAAGUAUCUGAUGUUUACGAUGGUGCUGGUCACCUUCUCCAUCGUCACCAGCGUUUGUGUGCUUAAUGUGCACCACCGGUCCCCCAGUACACACACCAUGCCUCCUUGGGUUAAACGCAUCUUCCUGUACCGACUCCCUUCCUACCUCUUCAUGCGCAGACCUGGAAGCUCCAACAUCCGUGAGAAAUUUCGGAAAAAACACCAGCAGCGAUCAUACUCCGACCACAAGCUACGUGGAGCGGAUGGGGGGACCGAAAGUUCUGCAGGAAUGGCCGAUUCUUCCUCGUCCUUCUUUGUCAACGAGGAGUCGGCCAAACGCUAUGGCUGGAAAAUCAGCGAUAUGUCAGAGAACACAGAGUUCAGGAAGAGGAUGACGCUCAAGUGCAACAUUGAUGUGGAGGAUGCAGUGGAUGGCGUGCGCUACAUUGCUGAGAAGAUGAAGAGUGAGGAUGAUGAUGAAGGGAUCAUUGAAGACUGGAAGUACGUAGCCAUGGUGAUCGACCGUCUCUUCCUGUGGAUCUUUGUGUGUGUGUGUGUGGUUGGGACGCUCGGCCUCUUCAUGCAGCCUCUGUUCCAGAGUUACAACACCCCCAUUAUUGAUGACAUGGACCAUAACUGA